GGGGAAAAAUCGUUCGACCCGGAAUAGUAAACAGACCUCCCAUGAAAAAAAAGACCUUUCAUGAGUUAGUUGUCGAGUCCGUGUUUUUCAGUUAUUGACGGAGUGCUUCAUUAAGUUUGUAUUCUACUGCCAGUUUUUUAUUGAAUUAAUUCUUUAUACGGAAGCAUCAUGAGUGGAAAGACUAAACAUCGACGUAGAGAUAUUCCAGUGGAAACUAGAAAUCUUCCGCCUGUUCAAGACGCUGUGAGAGAGUACAGAGUGAUAGAAGAUGGAGCUUAUGCAUAUCAUCUGCAAAAUGAAGAAAUUGAAAAUCAUUACUCACAAAAUGUUAACAUGCGAAGAACAGUUAUGGAAGAUAUUAAACGAGCCAAGGAAUUACAAGACGAGGAAGACAGAAUUGCAAGAAUCAUGACCCUUGAUGAGGAAAAGGAGGUAAAACAAAUGGAUGAAGAAUUGGCUGAAAUAAUUCAGGAAGAAAUAUUCAAGGAAAGUAUACAAGAGAAACAGGAAAGAAAGGAAAGAGAAGAAAGAGAUCAGGAACUGGCUUUAUUGAUGGAAGAAAAAGAAAGAAGAAGAGUCGAUAAUUCCAAAGUGCAUGAAGAGAGAGAUAAAAAAUUAGCAGAAAGAUUGCAAAAUAUGAAGAUGACACCAACACCUCCUGGAAGCCGAGAUCAACAAAGAAUGAGACUCAUGACGGACGAGGAACUUGCAAAGCGAUUGCAAGAAGAAGAAGAUUUGAAAUUAAAAAGAACAAAAGAAAGAAGUAAAGAAUUAAAAUCAGUUGUUGAAUUGCAGGAUGAAGAACUUGCCAAAUAUAUUCAUGGAAAAGAAAUAGAAGCUGCUGAAAUGAAAUUUAGCAAAGAAAGACAGAAAAGAAAAUCUAAAACGAAGGGCAAAUGGGAUAAUGAACCACUUUACUAUGAUGACAAUGUCAAUCCACCAGUUUAUCAAGAAUUUCCUCCAAAAGGACAAUUAGAAAAAUCUCAUCGACCACAUGCUAAUGGUGAUCACCCUCCACAUUAUAGCAGAUCAGAAAAUAACAGAACUAGUGGCGAUCAACAUUCCCGUCGACACGAUCACCAUAGAGAUGGCAAACGACCUGAAAGACCCCCACCACCAAAGUUUUCAGACUCCCACAACACAGAAAUUAAAAUACCAUUGGAUGAUAGCCAGAGACGUCAGUGUGAAAGAAUAGAGAGAGAAACUCACAGUCGAUCAUCCAGAGAUCAUGACAAGCACUCGUCUUCUUAUGAUCGACAUAGAGCAUCUAAUAGCAAACAUGGAUCAAAAGAAUCUCAAGAUAGUUUGGAUAAAGAUCGAUCAUACAAUGAUAGACAUCGGCAUGAUAGAGAAAGAUAUAAUGGUCACUCAAGUUCCAACCGUCAGAGCGAAGAAAGGCGACAUCACCAGUCAUCAUCAUCACAUGACGAUAGGCGUUAUCACAGUUCAUCAUCCAAUGAUGACCUCCGUCGGUCAGACAAUCAUCCUGAUAGCAGAAGACAGAGAUCAUCACCAAGAGAUCAGGAAACAAAACCUGUUCCAAGACCUCGGGGUCACAUGACACACUCUCAGUCAAUGCCUGAUCCUGACAGAGAAGAUGAAAUUCAAUAUAGUGAAAGUUUUGCUAAAUUAUUAACUGAAGAAGAAUUAUGGAAUCAAAAUAAUAAUUUAUCUCAACAUAAAGGAUCAAGGAAAAAGAAAGGAAAGGAAAAAGACUGCAAACAACAAUGACAAUAUUUUAAAAAUUGCCUUCUUUUAUUAUUUCUAUAACUAUGUAUAUUUUGGUAUUCUUCACUGCUGUCUUUUAUGAUUUUGAAUUCCAUAUAUGUUGUCAUAUCUGACUUUAUACCUUUUUUUGUAAGUAUGACUCGAAUCCUGAAUAUGUUUGAGGCGAAUAUUAUCUGGUACACUGAUUAAUUUAUAUCAUUUGAAUUCUAAAAAAACAACCUUUUCAUACAAGCUCAAAGCGUCAAUAUAUUGGUCAUUCACUCCUUUGUGAGGUGGCUAUUUCAUUGUCAGGCAUCAGGUUAUAUCAACAAAUGAUCAUUUGCUAUUCAGCAUCUCCUGUGGCAUAUUUCUGCAGCCAUAUAGGAAUACAAACUCAUCAAGCUGAUAGAUUUCAUUUAAAAUUCAUUUUUGCUUAUUAAAUUACUAUCUAAAUUUCUAAUACUAUAAAAUCAAUGUGUAUUGUUUUGAUCAAAAAUGAUAUUGAAUCAUUUUUAUCAUUGACAUUCCUUAAUCACUUUUCAUUAUGCUAUUUAGUUUGUGAAUUUUGCACUGGGCAGAAUCUUUUUUGGAUCAGAAUUUUUUUUGUAUUGUUGAUUGCAUAUGAUUUCAGCAGUUUUUUUUAUAUAAAUCAAUAAAUGAAUUUUCUAUAUUUUGUAUUACGUGAAUUUCAUUUUGAAUGUUAACGAAUUUUGUAACAAUGCCUUCAUAUACAAUCUGUAUUGAAUUAACUGUAGCAACACUUGAUACAAUGAUAACCAAGUUUCCUAUAAAUUGUUGAUUCAUUUUUCCUAGUCUGGUACAUGGUAUACAAACUUAAUUCUGUAGCAAUUACCGGUAUGUAUUCAUAAAAAUUGCAACAUCAAACCCAUACUAAAAAUGUUUUGCUUCGAGUGACCUGUGUUUUCACCAAAGUGAAAUACGAGAAUAUCGGUCAAAGACCGAAGACUUAUCGAUCGAAAGUUAGGGGAUCCCCCAAAAAGGCGAAUAUGCAAAAUUUGGAGCGGAAACAUACUCGCUUUCGUGAGAUAUCGCGUGUAUCUAACAGACAAACAAACAACCAAAUACCAAAAUCAACAUACUUACCUAUCUUAAGAUCGAUAAGUAACAAGAGCAUAAUCGUGUUUUUGUCAGAAUUUUAUGAUACUGUAACAAACCUCAAUUGAUUACCGUAAAAAUCUGGUUAACUGUAUGUUUUUUAUUUGUUUCAUUUGGAGUUUAUUAGAAUUGCUUCUAAUACCCCAAAACAAAGUUAUCACGAAAUAUUACAUUGCAAAUAGCCCAAUAGAAAAGCAAUGUUAACUGCCUUAUUUCCAUAUUUUAUUCGUUAUCAUGUAAUCACACAUAUAUUUAUCACUUAUAUUUGACUAAUACACUAACAACUUGCCAUAUUGCUCUUAUCUAUCAUUUAUUAUUACAUUGUACAGCUUGCAAACGUUGCAUUGAAUUAUAUUGUACCAUCUUUACUUAUUGUUGUUAUAUUUUGAUACUGUAUAAUAAUAGUAAUAUCGUGGUUUUUGAUUGCAGAAAGUAAUAGAAAGCCUAAUAAACAACCUGUUUGCUUAUAAGCUGCUUUGCCAUGUUUGAUUAAAAAUACUUUCUUUCAUACUAUAAAUAUAAUAGUAUGCUUAAAUGACAUAUUCAAUACCCCAAUUGUGAAUUCAUCAAUGUUACCAAAUAUGUUGUUUGUGUGAAUUCUUAUUUACAAUCCUGCUUAUGACAUACACAGGAUGUUUUCUUGAUAAAUCCCACACAGAACUGUGCCUGAUAUGCUUCAACAGCAAUUGUCGAUUGUUCAUAUGGGUAUUCCACAUGAAUAUGAAACAACUAUUUGCCUAGAUUUGAUAGCACCAUAUGUUUAACGCCUUGUAUUGGCACUAUCUUAAUUAUUUCUGGUGUUGGUGGUAGUGCUUGAGGUUUUCUCGGUUACUAUUUGUUUUUUACUUGUCUUUGAUUUGUAUUUGCACUUUUUUGCUUUAGUAAUAAAUAUCCCUUGUUG